ACAAUAAUAAAAAAGAGAAGAAAAAAGGGAAGCCACGAAGCAGUCAACAGGAGUCAACCCCCAUUUCCUUUCCGUCCCCCUCUACGCGCCGCGCCGCCAUGGAUCCCGCCGCCGACGACGGCCGCUCACCUUCACCCGUCCCGGACCCAGACGACGGCGAAGGCGGCAGCGGGUGGGGGAGCGACAAGCCGCCGCCCACGCGCGCGGAGGAGGGGCGCGUCGUCGGGAAGGCCGCCAUGGAACCCUCGCCGUCGCCGCCGGACUCCACCGUCUCCGACCAAGACGACGACGACCUGACGCGCGCCGUGUCCCUGCUGUCGCUCGCGGAGGCCGGGAAGGCCGGGUCCGCCCCCCGCGCCGUGGAUCCGUCGCCGCCGUCCUCCGCCGUCUCCUCCCACGGUCACAAAGAUGAUGAUGAUCUCGCCGGCGUGAACAAGCGGACGCACGCGAGGUUCCUCGUCACCCACGCCCAGGCCGGGCUCAUCAUCGGGAUGGGUGGCUCCACUGUCGCCGCUGUCGAGGCCCGCUCCGGCGCCCGGGUCAAGCUCUCCCGCCACGACCAGCUCCUCCCCGGCACCGACCGCAGGGUCGUGCUCGUCCAUGGCCUCCUCAGCCAGGUCAUGGACGCCAUGGAGCUACUGCUCCAAAGGCUCUUGCUCUACCAGGUUCAGGGUGACCAGGCGGUCGACUCUGAGCCCACGCUAGUGCUCGUCGUGCCUCAGCCCUGCUGCGGCGUGCUCAUCGGCAAAGGAGGAUCUGUUAUCAAGUCAUUCACUGAAGCUUCGGAAACUGCAAUUCAGAUCUCACCACACAACAUCUCCUAUGGCUUCAACGACAGGCUGGUCACCAUCACAGGGCCCUUGGAUAAUCUAUUGCGAGCAGUGUUUCUGAUAAUAUUUGAGCUGUUAGAGGACAUUCGUUAUUUGUUUCCAUGUGCAGCUGCUACGCCAAACAUUCCAAUGAGAUCACCUGUUAAUAAGGAUGCCCAAGAAUCUGUCACUAUUGCUGUUGCUGAUGAGCAUAUGGGUUCUGUUAUUGGUCGUGGUGGAAGGAUUGUCAAUGAGAUCAGCAAGGUUAGUGGAGCAUGGAUUGACAUCUCAGGCAAGGGGGAGUUCAUGCCCGGGACUCGCGACAGGGAGGUGAUUAUGAGGGGAACAUCAGAGGCGAUCCGCGCAGCCGAGGCGAUGAUCAUGCACCGUGUCUCCGUGGCCAGCGGCAACUUGAUGGGGCGGAGGGUGGAGGGAACAAGCGUCAAGGGUCUGCUUACCAGGCUGGACGAGGAGGAGGAGGAUGAUGAUGCAGUCGUGCAGAUGCAUCGGCUGAAGUUGAGUGAUCGGACAGAGUAGAUAGUCACGGACGGACAGCACAGGAAGGAAUCGAACCAUUUUUAGAGUUUUGCGUCUCUCUCUGGUAGAGAUAGAUAAUCAAAUCAAUCGCUAGUAAAAAGGAUUAGUCAGGUAAAUGGAUGAUGGGAUCACUGAUGAUGAUUCACCAAUUUUCCUGUUAGCAUUGGGAUUUUGCAUGUUUUGCCUGUUCAAUGAUACUAGAAUAUUAUCUCCCCUGC